GAAGAACAACCAAAUGUUUUCAAAGAAACUCUUGAAGAAGCAAGCACGAGAUAUGCAGAGUUCCAAAGACGAACGGAAGGUGGUGAAAGGCGAUCACCAGAAAAGCAAGAAAGGCGGCGGCCAUAUUCCGAACGAAGAAAGUGGAAACCACGACCUCAAACUUCUGAACCACAUCCACAACAACAUCGACACAGGCAAAGAAUGUUGCCGACACCAGAAACUGAUACUGAUGCUGAAUCAUCCUAUCCUCCUCAACAGUCACGGAAGCAAAAGAAGGACAAGAAAGGAAAACCACUUUGUCGAACUUGCUAUCCUAUAAGUGAGUAUGAAGGAUUUGAUGCUGUUCAAUUUAUCAAGAUGGUGCCACAUGCAACCAGGCCAAUCCGAGCAACCGAUGGAGCUGUUGGUUAUGAUCUAACCUCAAUAGCUAUGUAUGUUAUUCCAGCCUAUGGAAGAACAUUAAUUUCUACGGGUUUAGCCAUGGAAAUACCCUGUGGAAUGUAUGGAAGAAUUGCCCCAAGAUCAGGGCUUGCCUUGCUACACGGCAUCGAUGUUGGCGCAGGAGUAAUUGACCCUGAUUACAGAGGAGAAAUCAAGGUCCUUCUCUUUAAUCAUAAUCAGGAGGAAUUUGAAGUGCGCGCUGGUGACAGAAUUGCUCAGAUCAUCUUUGAGAAGGUUUCUUUACCAAGAAUGGUGGAGAAAGAUGCUCGCAAUCUCUGUGACAUUCGGAAUGAUGAAAGACAUGAUGCUCGCAACUGGAGGAGCACCGAAGGAUUUGGCAGCACGGGGAAAGCUGCUUUGCAGUACAAAAAUGAUGAUUCAGACGAUUCUUUGGAGUACCAUGACCCUUUGGGAUAUCAACAUGAUGAAGAAGAAUCUGACUCAACACUUAACAUAAUCGCUAUGAUGGAGGAAGCAGAUAGAGAAGCAGAAACUGAGUAUCCGCAGAUCGCAAAGAUAAAGGCUUUAAUUGAGAAGAGACAACAGAAGCAGCCUCAUUAUCUUUUAUCCUCAUCAUCAGCUGUAACCUCUCAUUAUAAUCCUCCGCAGGAUUCAAUGAUGGGUCCCCCAGGUUACCCACCAGCAACAGGACAAGGUCCUUCAAUCAAUAUUCCUGAAAGACCUUCUUAUACAGGAAUACGAUCGAAUUUUCGACGAGGAGCAAACAAUGAAAUGUGGAAUUUGCCAUCUGCAAUGCAGCAGACCGGAGCUAUGUUUAUUAUUCCACAAUCUCUUGGAAAGUUCGAUGAUGUUUUCAUGAGAUGGGAGUCAAUCACAAGGUCAUAUGUCGCUUCCCAAGGAUUUACAGAUGUUCGAGAUAAACUUCUUUUUAUGGAGAAUCUUCUUGGAGAAACAGAGAAGUUAAUCUGGACACAAUGGCGAAUGAGGUAUGCAGAUGAAUAUGCUAACCUUGUUGCUAUAGGCGAUGGAAAUGAAGGUACACAGAACAUCAUCUCUCAGAUGAGAACUGUGUUUACUCUUGAAGACCCUUACCAAGGAUCAACUCUUAUGCAAGAAGAAGCUUAUCGUGAUCUAGAACGACUUUCAUGCCGAGAUGUAAAGGAUAUCAUUAAGUUUCUAAAUGAUUAUCUUCAUCUUGCAACAAAGUCAGGAAGGUUGUUUAUUGGAGAAGAGUUAUCCUCUAAACUCUGGUCGAAGAUGCCAGGUGACCUCGGAGAAAGAAUCAAGAAAGGAUUUGCAGAACGACACGGUGCAAAUACAAUUGGCGUCGUUCCCCGAAUUCUUUAUGCUUACAAAUAUCUGGAAGCUGAAUGCAAGAAUGCGGCGUUCCAGAAGUCACUUCGUAAUCUGGACUUUUGCAGGGAAAUCCCUAUCCCUGGGUACUAUAAAGAACCAGAAAAGAAGUAUGGUGUUCGAAAGGCUACCACCUACAAAGGAAAGCCACAUAAUUCUCACGUUAGAAUUGACAAGAGAAAGUAUUUACAAAAGUCAAAACAUUGUAAAUGCUACUUAUGUGGAGAGGAGGGACAUUAUGCCAGAGAUUGCACAAAGGAAAAGAAGAAUGUCAAGAGGGUAGCUGUGUUCGAAAAUCUGAGUAUUCCUGAAGACUAUGAUGUGAUGUCCGUAGAACCAGGAGAUGAAGACUCAGAUGCAAUUUAUUCAGUAUCUGAAGGGAUUGAUGAUACUGAACAAAUCGGAGGAGGUUUGACAGAAACAAUUUAUAUGCUUCGAGAAGCUGAUAAUGUUUAUUGGCUUGGCAAGGAAGGAGGAUAUCGGGCUCAAGUUAAAGUCUCACCUGAGAUCUAUCACUGUCAACAUGAAUGGGAUCAACAAAACCCAUUACCUGAAGACAGGAGACCAGAAUGCACUACAUGUAGAAGGGAUUUAUCCUCAUACUCGAAGGCUUUCUGCAACAAAUGUAAUGCCUUGACAUGUGCUCUUUGUGCCAAGCAUUACUUCAACCUCACUACGUUCAUCACUCGGAAAGCUCCGAUUCCCUACAAUCAAAAGCCAUUGUUACAAGAGCAACAAGAAUACAUCCGGUGGUGUGAAGCUGAGAUGAAGAGGCUUCGGGAAGAAGCAAUCCAAUACAAGACUGAACUUGAGGAACUCAAGUUAAUAAUUAAGCUUCAGGAUGAUGAACGGGAACUAAGAAUGAAGGGAAAAUACAAAGAAGAAGAAAUUCAGGAGUUGGAAAGAGAAGCUGAAGCUCAUGUUCACUUUGAAGAAGGUCCUUCAGAAAAGAUUCUUGCCCUUGAUGAAGUUAUUGCAGGAGAAGAAUUCAAGGAAAAGAAGAAGAACAUGCUUUACAAUCUCACCGUGGAACUGGAGGUUCCAGGAGUACAACGAAUCCAACUACGCGCAAUCCUCGAUACAGGAGCAACCACUUGCGUCGUAGAUGCUGACUCCGUCCCAGAAGAAGCCUUGGAAGAAAAUACUUAUACUGUUGAGUUCAACGGUAUAAAUUCAAAGUCAAAGGCCAACAAGAAAUUAAAGGGUGGAAAGAUGUAUAUAGGGGACAAUUGGUUUCGAAUCCCUUAUACAUACAGUUUCCCAUUUAAACUUGGAGGAAGAAUUCAGAUGAUUAUCGGGUGCAACUUCAUUCGAGCAAUGUAUGGAGGAGUACGUAUUGAAGGAGACAAUGUUACAUUCUACAAGAAUGUAAUAACAAUCCAGACCCGUCAAUCAGUGAAUCUCUUGGAGGAGCUUGAAGAAGAAGAGGAUUUCACAGUGGAUCAUUAUUAUGAGCCUUCAACAGAAUGGCUAUUUCAUUCCACUCAUAUUAAUCCUCAUUUUGAGCAGCAAUUUGAAGAAUUAAUGAUGCAGCUCAAAACCUGUGGAAUCAUAGGCGAAGACCCUAUGAAGUACUGGUCGCACAAUCAGAUUACCUGCAAAUUGGACUUGAAGAAUCCCGAUUUCACAAUCAAUGAUCGUCCAAUGAAGCAUAUAACUCCGGCGAUGAAGGAAAGCUUCAAGAAACAUAUUGAUCAGCUUCUAUGGUAUAAAUACCAUAAUGGCAAAGGUGGGCCAUAGCCGUAUUUAUUCCAAGUUUGACUUGAAAAGUGGAUUUCCCCUUGUCUGAAUCACGAUCUGCACAUGAUUGUAGAAAUCCGAGUGAGAGUUUUGCGAUUUUUAGUUUCGUCGUUGGUCCUGACGAUACUCUCUGAUCUGAUCUUCAAAUAGUGGUGCUCCAGGUGUUGCUGAAUCAUAGGCGAAGACCCUAUGA